AUUGUUUUGAUUGUCAAAGAAUUUUCUCCAACAAUUUUUGUUCUUAAAUAUCCUGAAAAUUCAGAACUUCCAAUUUUUAUUAUUUUUAAGUAAGGUAAAAUAACGCAAUAUAUAUUCACACAUCAUGAUAACACUGACGAGGAAGAAAGCAAAUGAGAGCAAUGGCCAAAGCAAAAGAAUAUCAAUUCGUGAUAAGCUUUUAGUUAAGGAAGUACAGGAAAUGGAGGAAAACUUACCGAGCACAGUGAAAACUUCGUUUCCUGACUCAAAUAAUUUAUCGGAAUUUUAUCUAACGGUUCAGCCAAACGAAGGCCUCUGGAAAGAUGGUAGAUUUAAGUUCCUUAUCACAAUAAACGAAGACUAUAACAUGAUGCCACCAAAAGUAAAAUGUCUCACAAAAAUCCUUCAUCCAAAUAUUUCGGCUGCAGGAGAUGUUUGUCUUUCUCUUCUUCGACUAAAUUCUAUAGACGGAAUGGGAUGGAUGCCAACAAGAAGACUUAAAGAUGUUAUAUUUGGUAUCAAUUCUUUAUUUACUGAUCUCUGUGAUUUUGACGAUCCUCUGAAUAUCGAACUCUCUGAGGAAUACGCCGCAAACAGUGAGAAAGUAAAGCAACGGAUUCGUGAGCACGUGUUACAAAAUGCAAUGAGAUAGCCGCACAAAAUGUUGUCGAGAUUAAUUAUAAUAACUAAAGGAGAAAAAGUCUUGGAGAAAAUAAAAAUCUCGUUGUUCUUUUGAAAACACUGAUCUUUAUGUUCUUAUGCAUGUUGAUAAUCUUAUCGUGAAACGAAUGACGAAUGACAAAGUCCGCUGUAAAGUUCCAGCCAUUGCAUUAUUUUACAUGACUCAUAUUAUUUCUUAGCUGUCAUCAAACAAUAUGAAAUCAAUUCUAAACUGUUCUCAUUAAACAAAAAAACAUUUUUAUUUAAUCUUCCCUUCAAUCAAUAUUUAAUACAAAUUGAAUAAAAGUUAAAGGUGUUUGAACGGUAAUAAAGAUAUUUCAUAUCAACACUUUAUUUGAACU